CCAUUGGAUGUUGACUAUAAUAAAUGAAGAAAAAGACAUUGUCUACAUUGUGGACUCUUUGGAAAGACAAUACCUCGAGUGGAUGGAAACUGUGAACAAUGCAAUCAAAUUAUUUAAUGGAAUUACGGGUAGACAUGGCAAAAAAGCAUCACGAUGGAUAAAUCUCUCGGGUGCACCAAAACAAGUGGGCAGUGGUGAAUGUGGUUACUAUGUCAUGAGAUACAUGAAGGAACUGAUUGAGGAUCCAAUGCUUUCUUUUGCACAUAAGUGGAGUAGGAAGUUGAAGAGAACCAGCUACUCACAAGAGCAAGUUGAUGAGGUGCGGGUUGAAUGGAGUGAGUUUGUUACAAGGAAAUACUUGUAGACGUUUAUGAUGAAGCGUGAUAUUUGUAGUGCUGCUUUUUAUGGAACAAGUCGUCUUUGUUGAUCGUUUGUUAAGUUGGACAGAAUUAUUUAAGUUUCAUUGUUUAAUAUGUAGUAGUACUUAAGUAGUUUACUUAUUGUAGAGCAUGAUAUUUUAACUUUUGGUU